AUGGGUCGUAGACCGCCCAACUCUGACUACGCCCACAUUCUCGCACCCGAGGAUGAGGAACUAGCACGAGCUGCAGGACCAGACGAGCACUCGCAUUAUCAAGACGAGUCGUGGGAAGGAGAUGAGGAGGAGACCGUCUAUGGUGGAGAAAACCGCGACCGUCAACAUGCACCGGUGCAGCUUCUUAAACCUACUCCCAAACGACGGUGGAAAGGCCUCUGGAUCGGUGUCGGCGUGGUUGCAUACUUCCUCUUAGUGUGGCAGAUCUGGGGAUUGGUCCAUUGGUCUGAAGCUCCGGUGCUCAAGGUUUUGACGACCAUGCCCGUCUUCAGCACCUCCCUAGGCUGUCUCGCGGAAUCGGAUGCGCCUUUCACACAUACGGAGACGAAGAGUAUCCCAAUAGGAACUGAACGUUCUGAUCUCCAGUUUGAUAUCCGUGGAGGUGCUGUCGGCACUCUCACGCUGACCCGCCUCGAAUCUGCCUUCGCCUCCGGAAACCCUCACGAAGUAACCAGGAACGAAGUCGAGAUGGAUCUCAUCAUGCGCUCCAACAACGCCACCCUCGCCAAACACUUUGUCUUCUAUGAACCGCCCGUCAACCCCGACGGCUCUGUCGACGCCUCCCACUUCGUCCUCUUCACCCCACAUGCAGAUUACAUCCAACCUCCCCCGUCGAACGAGACCAAUGAACCACUCGGCGAAGACUUCGUACCACAGUGCAUGCGUUUCGACGUCGUGUUGCGUAUCCCUUCGACGCUGAAGAAGUUGCAUGUGAGCACGUAUGGACCGACGCAUCUAUUGUUUGAUUCAUCGAUGGAGAUACCAGAAUGGGAGGAAGAACUGCAUUUGGAGGAUAUGAAGAUUACCAUGUUCGCUUUCGACAAGCGGAAUCUACUGGUGAUGAACGAUAACGGAGAGAAGGAUGGAACGAGUAUCAGGAGUAAGAGAAUGACGUUAGAGGCGCAUGGGGGUUGGAUUACGGGGAAUAUCCCGAUCAUGAAGAGGACGGAGAUUCUCGCUCGAGGCGCUGCUGUCACUAACGUUCGCGUUCAGCCACUCCCUGCAUCCUACUACGAUUCGGAUGCACCAGAAGACGAUGUCGCAGAGCUUUUGACUGUCGCUGGGACCGGACGUGCGGAUAUCAUCUACGAGCAUCAAGAGCAUGAACCCCAUAGGAGGAUCAAGAGCGAGCAUUAUGCGAUAGAUGCGGGAAGGGAGACCAUGAGUUUGAGGUAUAGAAAGGCAGGGCUUAAUGGUGUGGUGAAUGUGAAGGCGAUGCAGGUUCAGGUGAAGAAGAUUGACAGCACGCUUGUGAGCGGGGCGCUUGCGAAACAGGGAGGGAAGGUCGUGGUGGGGAAGAAGGCUGGCGGGGACUCCGUUGUGAUCAACAGUCCGGCCGGUUGGGUUGGGCUUCACGUAUAA